CACAGGGACAAUGCCACCUCUGAUGACCAGCACCAGCCUGGAAUUAAACACAGCCUCCUUCAAGCAGAGAAAAAGACUAGACAGUCGAAUUCAUGAAGUUAAUAGAGUGAAGAGCAGAUACCCCUGCAAGAUACCGGUUAUAGUAGAGAGAAGUCAUCGGGAAAAACUGCUACCUCCACUUCAGAAGAUUAAAUUUCUUGUACCUCCAGAAGUCACAAUGGGGCAAUUUGUCAGUAUGAUAAGGUGCAGACUCUCCUUGCCUCCAUCGCAUUCACUCUGCAUAAUGGUCAAUGGACGCCAAAUGGCAAGUUUAUCAAUGACCAUGCUGGAAGUUUACGCAGAACAUCGGGACCAGGAUGGCUUUCUAUAUGUGACUUAUAGGUCACAUGAAGUAUUUGGCUGAAGACCUCUUCAAGCACUCAUUGAGCAGUACACUGUAAAAGUUGUGAUCACUCACAGUUCUGGCUGAGAAAUUCUGCAUGAUCUCACUACCUCUGUAAGGACAGUGACAAGGUGCAGUGGUAUUUAAAGGAAAGGUAUAACAAUCGUAGUCAGAUACUACAUACAUUUGCAAUGAAGAUG